AGUAGAAUUAAAGGAACUGUAUAAUCGUGUAGAUGGUGUGAAGUGCUACAUCAUGGUUCGGCAAGAAAUGGCUGUUCAUUUAAAAUUAUUGUUAAUUCAUACAACGAUAUUGUCACUGGUGUCGGCAUUAACACUUCCAAGUCAGGUAUCUCCUAAAUCCAUUAUAAAGUUAAGUUCCUCAACUACAGAACCUGGAAGUGGUUCUUUAGUGACACCAGCAAGUACGGCCUCUAAAGAUACAGACAGUGAAUUAGCUGUAUAUAGAUAUAUUAAUAGCAAUACUGGAACAUGUAUUCUGCUACAGGCCGAUGCUGUGGUUGAGGUCAACUUCCUACUUAAUAAUUUAGAUGAGCAGGCAGAUUCCUACAUUCCUAAGGAUGCGCUAGUUGAUGGAAAUUGUAAGAAUGAAGACGCUUCCUUUUUGAGUAUAUCUUGGAAAGGGUACCGAUUGUUGUUGAAUUUUGCUAAGACACCAGGAGGAGAACGCUGGUACAUAGAUAACGUUGAAUUGGCUGUCAGUCCGGACUUGUAUCAAUUACGUGGUAUUCAGACUCAUGGUAAACUGAUAAAACUCUACCAUAAAGAAAUCUUAAUUCCCACACCUAUUGGUAAAUCUUAUGCUUGUGAAGAAGUAGAUAUUGAUCUCAUACCAGAUGAAGAAGAUAAUCCUCCACCAGGACUACGCGGAUCUUUAUUGUUACGGAAAUUGCAACUUCAGCCAUUUAUCUACAAAGGAGAAAACUUUGAGGCAGCAUUUGAAUGUAAACCCCAAAGAACACACCUAGAUGAAACUGCGCCAAUUGCAGUCGGCUCAACCUUAGCCAUAGCUGUUUUAAUGACAGUGACUGGGUAUGGAAUUUUUAGAUAUUUUAAGAUUAAAAACGUUCAGUAUAACACCAUGGAAUAAAGUUUUAAUUUUGGCAUGAAUUGUUACAUAUCGUUUGUUGUUGAUUAGAGUUUUAUAAAAUGUUUUUUUGACAUAUAACUUAACACAUAACGAAGUUAUUGAUCAUAUUUAAAGCUCUUUAUAGAAAAUUAUCGGUUCUAAAACAGUUUUUAGAAAAUCAACAGCGAAUGCUCUAGAAAACUAACUGUUACCGACUUAUUUUUUGUUCUAUUCGUAUUUGAUUUUAGUUUGGGCUUUACAUGAUACGAUUACGUAUUUUUGAAUUUAUAUAUACAUAUUAUGUUAUGUCAGUCUACGAGUUGGUCCAUUUAGUUCUAAGUUCUCACGAAGAUAUUCAAAAAACUCAGACGAAUUUUGAACACUGUAGUAGGUUUAUAACCCUUAAAUUUACAUGGCAUGACUAUAAUUGGCAAGUCACAAUUACCAAAAUUUGUUAGAUAUUACAGUGUUUUUUGUGUAUAACUAUUAUCUUAACAUACGCAGCUAAAUUUGAUUAUUUAUAGUAAUUUUCAAAGCCCUGCUUAAUCAAAAUUUUAGCAUUUUGUAACGAACAAUGCGCCAAGUGAGUAUGGUUUUUAUACCUUGACUGAGAUUUGGAUGAUUACGGUCUAAUUAACAAUUAGGAAUUUUAAGUUAAAAAAAAUGCAAAUUAAAACUACUAUCUUCUAAGUAUUUGUGGUUUGUAAAUUAUAUGACCUAAAAUAUCCUGAAUUAAUAAUAUUUAAUUAUUAAAACAAAAUUGACAUUUUGUGAUGAAAUUUUCCAUACUGUCCUGUAAUGUGUCUAAAAAUAACGUAUCACAAAGUAAUCUCUGAAGCUCAAAUGUAAUUUUAAUUGUACACAUAUCUCCGAAAAAGACAAACGUGUGAAUAAUCUAUAUACAGUAUUUCGAAUGAAGUUGUCUUCAGUCAAUAAAAUUGUUUUUAUACAUUCUAUUUUCAUUAAUGCCAUUGGACUAUGUAAUAAACUCAAGUUUAUCUCAAUAAGUGAGUUAUCAAUUUUUGCAAAAAGACUGGGCUUGAUAUUUUAAGCAUCUACUGCAAUUUAACCAUCGAUACGUCAAAACUUAUUUAUUUUUUAAUGUAUUUAUUAAUUCUUUAAAAGCAUUUACUUGCUUCCAAUGUCAGGAUCUAUAUUUAUUCCUCAGUUUUCCAUUUUGUGUAAUAAGUACUGGAGCUUUAAAUACUGUAUGCUCUUUUUAUAAUUACGGUCAUCUUACCAUCGAAAACCAGAAAUUUCAGAAAAAAAUAGGUACCAUUAAACUUCUGUGGCCAAGAUAUCAGAACACACAGCUAUGUCUUCGAGGUAAAGUCCGGCUAAAGAUGUGCGUUUACAACCGUUCAUUUUACAGCGGAUCCUUCAUAAAACGCAAUAAAUGCAUGCAAUGGCACGUUAGACCGACAGUUAAGUAGGCUACGUGCAGCACUGAAAUAAUUUUUUUUUUGUUAUUGUUACAAAUUGUUGGUACUUGUUAUUUUUAGGAGAAGGUCAUGACCAGGCAAGUGGAUUCUUGCCCCCUUUGUGACGAACUCAUAAAAAUUACAGCAACUUGAGUACCACUUAAACAAUAAUCACACGAUAUCUUUAGCCGAGCUAUAACAUAGAUACUCCUAUAUAUUUUCUGAAAUUUGUUAUUUCUGUCGAUAGGGUAAUAGUAAUUUGCAUAACCAUAGAUUUAUCCGUGUUAAAUUUAAAUCUCUAGUACUAGCGUUUAUUUUAUUCGUAAAUUUAGUUCUACCUUCAUCUUCAGGCAUGAUUUUACUACAAGAAUUCAUGUACGUUGUAUGUUAUGCAUACUGUUUGAUAUUAAGACAGGUUUAAGGCGACUACAGUUUUGAACCGUUUAUGAUAUUUGGCAUAUCGAAGUUUGACAGUUAAAAUAAAAAAUGAAAAUCUCUUUAGAACCUCUAAGGAAGUAUUCAGUUUGAUUAAUCAAAAUUUGAUACUAUUGGACAGGUUAAUGUUGCAUAAUAACUUAGUUUUUUUCAAAAUCAUUAAGACGCGCUAAAUGUGUUUAAGCAAAUACUGUGAAAAUUAUAUGAAAUACAAUUUUUUUAUAGAUACAUAUCAUGUAUUCGUAUUCGUGUUUUUUAAGUUUUGUGGAGGAUAAUAUAAGGUCUUUUUUGAAACAUGGUCGGCCUUAUCUUUUAGAAAAAUAAUAAUUAAAACAAAGAUGAGUUGUGAUUACAGUAAACUUGUUUUAUAAUGUUGCAAUGAGAAUUAUCUUUGGCAAAAUGUCCUAAGAUGGUGUCGUUAUGCUGACUUCUUUUCGAAUUACAAACAAAAUCUUGAAGAAACUAAAACAUAUUUUUUCUACAAGUACUUUUUUAAGAAAGUAAUUUUUAGGUGACAGUUAUUAUUAUUAUGGCGUUCAUUUUUAGUAAUCAUUUUUACCACUGUUGUGAACUAGAAAAUGUCAACAUUUAAGGCAGAAUUUAAAAAAUGUACAAUAUUAAUAUAUAUCACAUUGUAUUCUUCACAUGUGAAACAGUUGGAUUUUUAAACGUUUUGCCUUUUUAACAUUAGUUUUGGCAUUACGGCAAAACAGGUGUUAAAUAUCAAAUGCCUGACGUUAUUUCCACCCAGAAGCUUACUAACAUAUCUACUGUAUAUACAACGUGGUUUGAGCGAGGGAAGAAAUGACGUCCCAGUAUAGAUCUUCUAAUGUCAUUUUCUUAUGUAUAAAUUCUAUAAAAUAAUAUGGUCUAAAAAUCAAUUUUACUAUCGGACUUAAAAUCUGAAUGUUUUAUGAAUUAUCCGGAUUUUAAGUUCUUUUUACAUUUUUUUAACUUAAAUUUGGUGAUAUUGGAAGGUGCUUAAAUACAUAAGUGCAUAAAAUGUAGUUUUGCACUUGCUGUUUACCAUUUCCCCACAAUUGAUUUCGCUAAAAAAAACUACGUCAAAAAUAUCAAUGUUCUUUAUAUGUAUAUGAAAUUUAAAGAAAAACCGUGUGGUGUUUUAUCGUGUAAUGAUGUUAUUUCCUUCUCAUGUAACAAAAUAGGUAGUUGUCGGUUUCUGGGACCAUUAACCAAAUGAUUGUACGGAGACGGCUUCAAAUAUUCUUUAAAAAUUUAUAGUAAUGAGACGAAUCGAUCUCUUGGUGAAAAUAAAUCAGACGAUAGAUAAUAGCAGCACAGGCUAGUUUCUUUUAACAGCUAUAUAUUGUUCUAUAAGGCACUAUUAACUUUUUAUUACAUCAAAAAUGAAAUCGAAACUUUCUUUUAAUAUUACUUUUUGUAAGAUUGCAGAUGUAAACCGGUACCACGAUCUACGAAAGCAACUACUUACUUUAAAAGGAAAUAACUUUUAGUGAUACUUAAACUAAAUCAUACAAAUUCAUGCAAACAUUACUGUUUGAGGUUUAGUUAACAUGAAAACGGUGAAUUCUAUUAUGUUUAAGACUGACUAGUAAGCACCUAAUCGUUAGAAGUUAGAACUAAGGCUACUUAACAUACGUUACUCAGCUGUACUAUAAAUGUUUCAAAACAGCAAUAAUACUUCAAAUAAAGCGCAAGCAAGCUGAACAGUGUGACGUAUAUUAGAUAGAAUUCUAGUCAAAGGUAAAUAGUUAAUGUAUUUUUGACAAGUUUUUACACAAUGGGGAAUGGUAAACACAAAAACUGAAAAUCUGAAGGCACAAAUCUGUGUCAUUAGACUUUUUACGAUCUUAAAAGAGUUAGUUAAAUUUUUAUUGUUGUUUGCUUUAGUUAAAAUUUAUUUCAUUAUUCAUAAUUACUUAAUGUGUUUCAUACUAUAGAGGUGGACUUGUUAUACUUAAAUAGUGUAUUUAAGCAUCGAUGUGAACUUGUUACACUUAUUCGAAUAUUAGUUCUCUAAUACUUAUUCUGAAAUAGAUACACGCAUUAGACAGUGAUUUAAAACAAUAGUAGAAAUUGCAAAUUUCACAGUUUCACUCAAUAAAUAUAUUCAAAAAGCAUCGUAACAAAUAUUAUUUGUGAUAAUUUAAAGUAAUAAUGUGGUGAUAUUAAUGAAAGUUAUUUAUAUGGUUUGUAUAUAGAUUAAACAAUACUUAUCAUAAAAAAAUAGUGACAUAUCUAAAUUGCAGAGUAAUUUUAAACUAUAGACUAUGCAAUAAUUUUUAGUUUUUAUAAUUAAAAAUAGUGCCAUAUCUAAAUUGCAGAGUAAUUUUGAAGUACAGAUUAUGCAGUAAUUUCUAGUUGUAAUCAAAAUAUGUUUCGGUUUCUUAAAAAAUAAUUGUUUUUUUAAUACAUGUUAUAUGUGUUUCAAAUUACUCUUUUUGCAAUUUAUAGCAAAACCUUUCAUUUCUUAUGAAAAGUAAGUGAAGUGAUGAUAUUGAGCAGCCUAUACAAUGGGCAAAGUAAAGUGGUUGUGAAAAAAAUAUUUAAAAUCUUCACGCUCAAAUUCACUGCUUCUUAUAUGAACUGAAGGUUUUACCUUGAGCAAUGAGUUUUGUGUAGAUAUAUUUAUUAAUGUAUUAAAUUUUAUUCGGUAAUGUAAAUAUUAUAAAAAAGUUUAAUAAAGUAAGGGGACAAAAUGCUUUAUGAAAAAAUAUAAUAAAAAAAUCAAAAUAAAAUACUUAAACAAGCAAAUUAUUACCAAUAUAUUUGUAAACGAAAGAUAUAUUUUUUCAUAAAGCCUUUUGAGAAUUUGCCAUGGUUUGUCUUCCAUAAAAUAAAAUAAUAUAAAAUGGGUGUGUAACUUCGUGCAUGUGUACAUUGCCACUGAUAUCAUAAAUUACAUAUUAUUAUAAUUAUUUAGGGUUAAUUAGAAAUAAAGAUACACUGAAAUAUAAA